CCUCUAAUCUUCAAAAGGGAAGAAUAGAUUUUGCUGGUGAGUGAACACUUAAGCCAUAUCAACUGCCUUAACCAGAUGUUCGAACUCACUCGUAACUAGGAUUAGACAAGAGUUAGGGUUUAGAGGUGCAAGGUGGGGUUUUACACAAUAACCUGUUUAGAUCAAAAUUUAGAUUUCACCUUAUUUGGAUAUCUUGGUUGUGGGAGCGGAGCAGCGAGACCGGGCUUGUUUGGAGGCUGCUCAGCAACAACAAUGGCUGUAGGUAAGAACAAGCGUAUAUCCAAAGGAAAGAAGGGAGGCAAGAAGAAGGCUGUUGAUCCCUUCACAAAGAAAGAUUGGUAUGACGUGAAGGCUCCCUCUACCUUUAACACAAGGUCUGUUGGCAAAACCCUUGUCACACGAACACAGGGCACUAAGAUUGCUUCUGAAGGCCUGAAGCAUCGUGUGUUUGAGAUUUCUCUGGCCGAUCUUCAGAAUGAUGAGGAUCAGUCAUACAGAAAGAUCAAGCUUCGUGCAGAGGAUGUUCAGGGUAGGAAUGUUCUCACCAACUUUUGGGGAAUGGAUUUCACCACUGAUAAGCUUCGGUCCUUAGUCCGCAAAUGGCAGACUUUGAUUGAGGCACAUGUUGAUGUUAAGACUACUGAUGGCUAUUCUUUGCGAAUGUUCUGCAUUGGAUUCACGAAAAGGAGGCCCAAUCAGAUUAAGCGUACAUGCUAUGCGCAAACAAGUCAGAUUAGACAGAUUCGUAGGAAGAUGAGAGAAAUAAUGGUACGCGAAGCCACAUCCUGUGAUCUAAAAGAGCUUGUGCAAAAGUUUAUACCUGAGGUGAUUGGGAAGGAAAUUGAGAAGGCUACUUCGUCCAUUUAUCCUCUGCAAAAUGUAUUCAUCAGAAAAGUCAAAAUCUUGAAAGCUCCAAAAUUUGACCUUGGAAAGCUUAUGGAGGUACAUGGAGAUUAUUCUGAGGAGGUUGGUGUCAAGGUUGACAGGCCUGAAGAGGAAACACCUGCUGAACCAACAGAGCUAAUUGGUGCAUAGCUCUAGGCUUACGAUAAUCAAAUUGAAUUAUUGUAGGAACUGUAUAUCCUAGCAGGAGGGUUGGUGCCAUUAAUAUUUUGUCUGAUGAGUAUUAAUCUGUUAAUUUUUUCUUGUCAGUAAUAAAACUGUACAAGAAACGGAAGGGAUUCUAUUGAUAGCCAAUUAAUUGUUACUGUAAGCCUCAACUGGCUUUUCGAGUAGCUUCAGAAGGGAGAUUUUGAAUGAUUUGCAAGAUGGGGACACUUUUUUUGCUUGGCCUACUAUGGUAGUAGGCCUGAAAUAUUGAUUUUGAUGCCGAGUGUCAGGGAUAUGAAUUGUAUUCAAUUAUAAGAUAAUAAACUGAAUUUUGUUCAA